CAUAUUUGUUUUCAUUGGAGACGCAAACGUAAAGCCGGUUGUCGAGGCCAGGCUUUGUCAUUAUUCCUUCUAUUUUGCCAAAAUAAUCAUGUCGCAAGAGUUUUACCUGCGCUACUACGUGGGCCACAAGGGCAAAUUCGGCCACGAAUUCCUCGAGUUCGAGUUUCGACCGGACGGCAAGCUGCGGUACGCAAACAACUCAAACUACAAGAACGACACGAUGAUCCGCAAGGAAGCCUACGUCCACCAAACAGUCAUGGACGAGCUCAAGAGAAUCAUCGUGGACUCGGAAAUUAUGCAGGAGGACGACAAUCUUUGGCCCACGCCAGACAGAGUGGGUCGGCAGGAGCUGGAAAUCGUGGUCGGCGAUGAGCACAUUUCGUUCACCACCUCCAAGACUGGCAGCCUGGUGGACGUGAACCAGAGCAAGGACCCUGAGGGUCUGCGUUGCUUCUACUACCUGGUGCAGGACCUUAAGUGUCUCGUUUUCUCCCUGAUUGGUCUCCACUUCAAGAUCAAGCCCAUCUAAUUGUGUCGGUUAUUACAUCUCCAUCACCACCACAAACUGUUUAUGUAUUUUUGUUUCGGUUGGACUCUACAGUGCAUUCAUUUAUGUAAUACAGUCAUAAUGAUUCUCGUAAUUUCUGCAAUAAAACAAGAAGUCGAACUCAA